AUGCCCCCACUCCUCCGCCCGUCUAUUGCAGCUCUACGAAGCUUGCGCCGAUACUCCGCAUCCUCGUCCUCGACCUCACCCGCGACGCCGCAAACUUCCCCCUUCGCGCCGCGCCAUCUGCUCUCCGUUGCAGACCUCACUCCCGCCGAGCUCACCAGCCUCGUGCGAAAUGCUGCCUCGCACAAAACAGCCAUCAAGUCGACGGGCGAGGUGCCCCACACCCUGCGCGGCGCUCUCGCAGGCAAGACGGUCGCCAUGACCUUCAGCAAGCGGAGUACGCGCACCCGUGUAUCGACUGAAGGCGCCAUUGCCGCAAUGGGCGGUUCUCCCAUGUUCCUGGGCAAAGAUGACAUUCAAUUAGGUGUACUGGUCCCCCUCCCCUCCCCCGCAAUUACCCCAGUCCUCUUUUGUGGUUCGAUCCUGCUACCUAACCCCCUACUGCGACUGACAAAGGCCCAGGUCAACGAAUCUCUCUAUGACACCUCCCUCGUCCUUUCUAGCAUGACGGCCGCCAUUGUCGCCCGCGUUGGCCCCCAUUCCGACGUUGCUGACCUGGCCAAACACUCGGCCGUGCCUGUCAUCAAUGCCCUCUCCGACCUCUAUCACCCCCUCCAAACCAUCGCCGACUUCCUCACCAUCACCGAGAUCAAUCCGUCUUCGUCGUCUACCUCGCUUGGUCUAGAAGGCAUGAAGAUUGCCUGGAUAGGUGAUGCGAACAAUGUGUUGUUUGAUCUAGCCAUCGGUGCCAUGAAGUUGGGCGUGGAUAUGUCUGUUGCCACCCCAAAAGGCUAUGAGAUCCCUGCUGCUAUGCGCCAAGUCAUCAAUCACGCUGCAUCCACCUCUCCCCGUGCUGGCCGACUGAUCGAAACUACAGUGCCAGAAGAAGCGUGCAAAGGUGCCGAUAUCCUCGUGACAGACACCUGGGUGUCUAUGGGUCAAGAAGAGGAAUCGGCCAAGCGCCUCAAAGCAUUCUCGGGUUUCCAGAUCACGUCGGACCUUGCGACGCGCGGAGGUGCCAAGGAAAACUGGUCGUUCAUGCACUGUCUACCCCGCCAUCCAGAAGAGGUGGCAGAUGAGGUCUUCUAUGGACCACGCAGUGUCGUCUUCAGAGAGGCAGAAAAUAGACUGUGGGCCGCCAUUUCGGCCAUGGAGGCUUUUGUUGUCAACAAGGGCAAGAUUCAAUGA